GCCUGCUGCACCCAGCAUCGCAAGGCCAUCUCCGAAAAAUACAGGUUGUCCGGCACUCGCUACUGUUACGUAGGCAAAUCCUGCAUCUAAAUUAGCCGGGGGUAUCAAGCCAGCCGCUCUGUACCGCAACUAUCGGCAAUCGGCGGUAAAGGUUGGUUGAGUGGCCGCCGAAAGGUGGCGUGAGGGGACAAUGAGCGACCUACAGCGAUCUGUGUUCAAACCGCAGCAUCCCGCGUUGUCCGAGAUAUUCGAGGAUGUGGGCGAAAGUUCAUUGAACGUUCAUAUUCCUGACGUACCCGAGAUCCAAGACGACGACUCGUCGUCUGCUAGCUCGGCGUCCUCCGUCUCUUCAACAGGCACUGUAGUGCCCACUCCCACACAGAACCUCUUUGCCAGACCACAAGGAUUCUCUCGAGGAAGAACACUACAGCCGAUCCCAUGGACGACAUACUUUGAGAGGGAGUUGUAUCUACCCUCCAAGGUGGAAUCUGAUGUCGUCUAUCACGCAUAUCUUACCUCACCAGUUGAUAAAGGGCCACUGUUUGUCAUGCAUCAUGGAGCAGGCUCGUCAGGCUUAUCAUUUUCUGUGGUUGGAUAUGAGCUCAGAAAACGUCUACCGAACGCUGGUAUUCUAGCUAUAGAUUGCCGAGGUCAUGGAUCUACAACUUGCAGAUCGGAUUCUGAGCCUGAUUUACGGCUGGAAACUCUUUCCUCCGAUCUUUUAAGUAUCAUCGAAGCAACUCAAUCCCAAAUGCAAUGGGAAACACUACCGCCCAUCAUCCUAGUUGGACACUCUCUUGGUGGCGCUGUCAUCACGGACCUGGCGUCGACAGGCAAGCUGGGUAACUCGUUGCUCGGUUAUGUGGUCCUAGAUGUUGUCGAGGGUUCAGCAAUGGACGCAUUGCAUAGCAUGCAGACAUAUUUGUCAACCCGCCCUACCGGUUUUGCAUCCGUGGAGUCUGGUAUUGAUUGGCACAUUCGAACCAGGACAGUUCGGAGCUCUGUGUCGGCGAGAUCUUCAGUGCCAGCACUGUUGAUAAAGGACGAAAGCCAUAACGAGACACGACCGUGGCGCUGGAGGACGAAUCUAGCUGCGACGCAACCUUUCUGGGAAGGAUGGUUUGUCGGGUUAAGCAAAAAGUUUCUGAACGCCCGUGGCGGAAAAUUGCUGUUACUAGCCGGAACAGACCGUCUUGAUACAGAAUUGACGAUUGGACAAAUGCAAGGGAAAUAUGCAUUACAGGUCUUUCCCGAAGCAGGUCACUUUAUUCAUGAAGACAUUCCCGAACAAACGGCAAUCAGCCUAGCCGACUUUCACCGACGAAACGACAGAAGCGCUUUGGUACUGCCACCUAAAGUUGCCGACCUUUUGAAACAGGGCAAGAAAGUCUAGUAGCGACUAGGUUUAAUUGAGAAGAGCAAAAAAAGGGCUUGGCACUAUGACCAACACCCCGCUUUGCAAGGUCUAUAAAUACAACGUAUACAUAGAGGUGUGUAAACAAAGAAGUUAACAAACCAAUAUAUCUAAGGCAGCCCAGCAAUAGCUGUCUAAUUUUAAACCAAGUAACAGUAUUCCCGUAUAUAUUCGGCCGAUAUAAUCCACUGAGUUGAACUGCCGGGAUAUUCCAGGGAUCAAGAUUUAACGGGUCUCCAUUGACGAGAUUGGCCUGAGACUCGCGCCGGACUGCACAGGCCAUGGCGAAUCACAGGAUAUUUGGAAAUCUUCACAGGAGCUGAACUCUUCAUGCAAGAAGCCGCUAUUCUUGGCUGCAUGGAUCCGACAGUAUGGGCACCGGCGGCCGGGUACACAUGCAACAUGGUACAAGUACGAGCCUCAGCUGCAAUCGGGUGAUCGGGCCAUGCCCCCUUUACAGAACGCUUGGUACGUGCUGAGCGACAAACCCGUGCUGUGCAUUUUGUUGCACAACGCCGUCUAGCGUCACAUUUUGGCGCUGCCAUUGCCUGAAGGAGCCUAGCAGAUGUCGACGGGGCUCCUCCGUGGCUUGCGCAUCUGAAAAUCCUGACCGAGGCCUCUCGGCGUGAUUGAGGGGCUGUAGGCACGUUACGUCCGUGUCUUGGACUUUUACCGUCGUUUACUUGUCCUGGGGCCUUUGAUUGAGUCCUGUGCUGUUUGCAUGGGCAAUGGCUUGUACCAUUCGGUAGCAAAUGUAGUGGGCGGCGGUGCUAUUGGCUGGCGCCUUGAGAAAGCCAAAUUUGGGGGCCAACCAACCAGGCGGAAGCCUCGGCUCCUUGUAGUUUCAAGCCAAUUUGCAGCGUAGGAGGAUCAUUGAAACGCAACCAUUCUCUAAGCGCCAACCUCUUUCCAGGACAGCGGGUAAUGGGCACACGAUCGAAGCCAAGUUGGGAUGAAGGCAAAAAUGGCGGGGGAGCAUCACAGAGCGGGGACUCCAAUUUCAGCGGUGAUUUUAGCGUGUGACGGCCGCCGGAGAAAACACCUAAAAGGAGGUCGGGGAUGCCCGUGCCUGUAAAAACCUGCACCGUUGAGGGGUAGUUGGAGAAAGGUGCAUGAAAUUCUUUACGUGGGUAAUGCACUGUAAUUGGUCUGGCUACAAGGAAAGGCUUUGGUUUGCACUGGCCAACCAACACAUUUGGUAGAUGUUUCACACGGCGAGGGAGUGAGUGGUGGUCAACAAAUACUGGCAAGUAUAAACCCAAAUGCAUAUGGCUAGCUAGUUAACUUUUCUUUACUUUUUUAAUAAAUUCACAAUAAUUAAAUGAAAUCUAAAAAG